CUCUUCGUCGCCCAUCUGGUCAUCUAGCUUCUCCCCUUAUCCGUCGUCUGUGUUUUCUCCAGAGUUGCUCUCUAGCGCGUCUGGUCUCCCGAAGCUUUCCCCUACUAUCGUGCAUUCUCGCUCUGGUCCUACGCUAUCAGACGUCUCUCAGCAUCUCCGGCAAGAGUACAUUCCUGUUACUGUUGACUUCAUGCCUCGACGCAGUGACUUCGAUAUCUCAUCUCUGGCACCUAUGGCCCACGCGGAGGACCUGCAAGAGUUGUACGCAACCAGCCCGUCUCUCUUUACUCUGUCAGAUUCGGUGGAGGCGUACGUGCGAGACCAGGCUCGUCGGACCCCCAACGAAGCGGCUCUGCAAGCCCUCAUAUCGCGUUCACCUGCCGUCCCUCGGCCUCCGCCCAACACUCCGUUAACGGCGGCUGCAUCUCGUGGGCACAGCAAGCGUACCUCGGCUCCUAUGACGUCUCCUCCGUCUCCUCCGUCUCCUCAACAAAUGCGGGUGCACACGUUCUCUACGCAACAAACUCGCUCGAUCCCUCUUGCUCGCCUCAUGCAGCGGCGGCUCUCUGCGGUGCCCGAGGAGGACGCACUGUCACAGCUGGACGAGGGUCUGCCUAUGCCUACGCCUGACGUGUACCCUCGUUCACGGUCCCAUUCCUUAAAUCCUGGGCCCCCAGAUGUGCAGACGUCUCAGCUGAACUACUUGUUGUCGCCUGCGUUCUCUGGUCAACAUACGCGGGUGUCCGAUCCCCGUCGUGGCGCGCUCUUGCCUGGGACAUCGUCUAGCAACGACAGCGCCUUGCUGAAUAUCGGGACUGGACAGGUCGCAGUGCAAGUCAAACUUCCGGGAGCCCAUACUCGUGGUUAUGCUGGAAACACUCGCACUGAUAAUAGGAAUCAUCAAGCUCCCGAGCGGCGAGAGUUUGGGAGAGAAGAAUCCGUAAGGAACUCCGAGAGUGCCAGAGGCGGAAGUCAGAGGCGGGGUGGCGGUAGAGGGCGAGGGAAAGGUGGACGCAAUGGGGCGAACCGUGUCAUCAACGGCCCUGAGCGAGUGGACGGCGGUUUAAUGGUCAAGUCGUGAGGUCGUUUUCAGUUGAGCUAGCUAUCCGUGUUUCGUUUCAGUUUCUCCGUUACUCGAGUUCGCUGUCGACUUCAAGCUGUCCUACAACCGCAUAUCGUAUUUAUAUCAGUACGUGGGCCCUCGUACAAAGGUACAGGCGACUGCACCUGGUAGA